UCUGUGGUGGAUUGAGCGGGUCUGGGCGAGUUCCCAGAGGGCUGCGCGUCCCGGUUGCUCGGCGCUGUCAUGGCGGGCUUGCUGAAGAAGACCACUGGCCUUGUGGGAUUGGCUGUAUGUGAGAGUCCACACGAGAGGCUAAAAAUAUUGUAUACAAAGAUUCUUGAUGUUCUUGGACAAAUCCCUAAAAAUGCAGCAUAUAGAAAGUAUACAGAACAGAUUACAAAUGAGAAGCUGAGUAUGGUUAAAGCGGAACCAAAUGUUAAAAAACUAGAAGAGCAACUUCAGGGAGGCCAAAUAGAAGAGGUGAUUCUUCAGGCUGAAAAUGAACUAAGUCUGGCAAGAAAAAUGGUGCAAUGGAAACCAUGGGAGCCUUUAGUGGAAGAGCCUCUUGCCAACCAAUGGAAAUGGCCAAUAUAAGCAUCAUUAAAUGACUUGUGUGUUUAUGGGAAACUGAUGUAAUUAAAUAUUCUGUUAUAUUAAAAA